UUCCUCUUUUCCUCUCCUUAGUACCGAUUCUUGGAUUUGCCGAUGUUCAAGCACUAUGUGGGAUGUGCAACCUUCAUCUUCCUCUGUAUCUUUGUAAUUCAAAUGCUUGUCACAAAGGAGAAUCAUGGGUGGACAUACUUUGGAGUGUUGGUUUCUAUUCUGGUGGUGAUUUUGGCUAUCUGUUAUGUGGGUCAUUUGCAGCGCGUGUUUCCACACAAGCUGUCAGGGUGUCGGUGGCUGCCAGCUGUAUCGGAGGCGGUGGUGAAGCGGCCGUGUCUGCGCCUCCCUCUGGCGACCAUUACCACUGCGGUCAUCAUUAUCGCGGCGCUGUUUAACCUGCAGUGCUUCCUUUUCCAUAAGGACAUGGAAACUGAUGGCGUAGAGACUGAUGACUUCUCACUGCCUUACUCUGUGUGCUGCUGGAGCCUGUCGCUCAUUGCAUGCGGAGUCUUUCUGCGAGUGAGCUUAGAGCUCAAAGUGCUCUUCCUCCUUGUUGCAUCCAUCUUGUACCACUACAUCAUCUUCAGCCUUCUUGAGAACCGCUUCAUGAAGUUUGAAACCUCCUCCCGAUACUACAACGGAUUUAACUGCAGCGAGAUGACAAACAACACAAAUAACACAAACUCAGUGGAUUGCACUGGCUUUGUCAAAGACCUCCAGAUUAUGAGCGGCAUCGACAUCAUACUGUUUCUAGUCACCAUGCUCAUUAUAUCGCUCCAGAACGACAACUGCUUUCGGCAGGACUUCCAGCUCAAGUACAAGAACCGCACGGAGCAGGACGAGAUUGAGACGAGGGAGAACCUGAACCGUCUGCUGCUGGAAAACGUGCUGCCUGCCCACGUGGCAGCACUGUUUGUCGGUGAGAACAAGAAGAACGAGGACCUGUACUACAAGUCUUAUGACUGCGUCUGCGUGAUGUUUGCCUCUGUGCCGAAUUUCAAAGAGUUUUACACCGAGUGCGAUAUUAACAAGGAGGGCUUGGAAUGCCUCAGGCUGCUCAAUGAGAUCGUCGCCGAUUUUGAUGAGCUGCUCUCCAAACCAAAGUUCAGUGGUGUGGAGAAGAUCAAGACAAUUGGCAGCACCUACAUGGCGACGGCGGGGCUUAGUGGGCCGAAUCAUCAGGACAUAGAGAAGCAACAGGCCCAGAUAGGAAUCAUGGUGGAGUUCGCCAUUGCCAUGAUUGGCAAGUUGGACGUAAUCAACAGACAUUCCUUCAACACCUUCAGGCUUCGAGUGGGAAUUAAUCAUGGCCCAGUGAUUGCUGGAGUGAUCGGGGCGAGGAAACCUCAGUAUGACAUCUGGGGCAACACAGUGAAUGUAGCCAGCAGAAUGGAGAGCACUGGAGACAUGGGGAAGAUCCAGGUAACAGAAGAAUCCUCUCAAGUGCUGAGGAAGCUGGGUUACUCUUGUGAGUGUCGAGGAUUCAUCAACGUCAAGGGGAAAGGGGAGCUGAAAACCUUCUUUGUGUGCACUGACACGAGCAAACAGCUAGGCAUCGGGCUGAGUUGAGGCCGGGCCGUCACAGCCAGCAGAACUGGAUACAGACUUGUGUUACAGAGUUUACGGACUCCUGCACAUCACAGGUGUCAGCCUGGCUGUAAUGUGCGUUCCUGUGAUGCCGUUGAAAGGAAGAAAGAAAACGUCACUGCUUCGUUGUGUGGAAGACACACGUGGGACCAUUUAGUUAAGAGUUAGAAGACGACAGAGACGGCUGCCGACAACGGCCGCCAUCUUUUUCUAUUCACAAUAAAGAAAACAGUGAUGUCAUGUAAAUUUUUUUUUGUUUGUUUCUAACCUAAUGUGAUGAAAAUGAAGUUAUGUAUUAUUUCUAUUUUAUUCUUGCAGAUCUUUUAGAUGUUGACUUUAAUAAAAAAAAAGCAUUAUAUAAAAUUAUGCUUUAUUGGAGAUAAUUAGGUUUAUUAUCUAAUUAGGGUCACAUUUGUGCCCCAAAAUAACUUUUGUUGAGAAUUUGCAGAAAUUAAAAAUCCAAGUCAAGAAAUUAAAAUUCUGAAAUUCACCUACUUAAAAAGUGAUUGAUUAUUCUACAUGAUAGACAUGACACAUGUCAGGUAUUCAGGUUGAGCUGUUUGAAAUGAAAACUGUUUCUUGCAUAUUCAGGUAAUGGCAGCUUUCCUGCCUGGUAAAAAGCUACAUCUUCACCCCGUUACAGACAGAAGACACAACGCUGUGUACGUUCAGGUAGAACUCCUUAUGCUCACAUUCCUUGGUUCCAGCUGUGCAGUUUGACCACUCCAGCAAUUUACAGAUUCAACAAGAACUGUGCUGAAUGUAUUCCAUUAUUUUUGUUUAUUCCACUUUGAUAAAGGAAAAGAAAAAACUAUUCUGCUGCCUUUUGAUUUCCAUGUGUGCUGCGACAGGUGGGAAAUGUUAUGCAUGUCCUCAGCUGUGUGAUUUAACAACCUGCCUGCUGAUUUUUAUUUUUUUUUUCUUGGCAACCAUAACACUGUCGGCUCCUCUGAAUCCGUCUCGUGGCCUUGUCAUCUGAGACCAACAUCUCGUCUGUAAUUGCUGUUGCAUAAUGUUGUGCUGGCCUUUCUGUGAACAAAUGUGACAUUGACUUUUUGUACAGUUACAGAAUGUAAUAAAUGUUUUCGUAAGUCUG